AUAAUCAAAACCCUUUCAUCGCACCACAAUUCACUUUACCGCACAUUGACAUAUAUUUCCUGUACUCUCUCUUUGUAUUUAUUCUUGUUUAAACAGAUAAAUUCAGCCAACCACCACCCCAAAUGGCUGAGGAGAAGCACCAUCACCACCUCUUCCACCACCACAAGGACGAAGAAAAGCCUGUUGACAACCCUGUCUACUCUGAAACCGUCGCCUACUCUGAAACUGCUUACUCCAGUGAUGCCCCUGCUGGUUAUGGAGCUGGCCAGGCUGAAACGGAGGUUGAUUACAAGAAGGAAGAGAAGCACCAUAAGCACCGUGAGCACCUUGGCGAGCUAGGGACUGCCGCAGCUACAGCUUUUGCAGUGCAUGAGAAGCACAAGGCAAAGAAAGAUCCGGAGCAUGCGCACAGACACAAGAUAGAAGAGGAGAUUGGAGCAGCCGUAGCAGUGGGAGCGGGAGGGUUUGCUUUCCACGAGCAUCACGAGAAGAAAGAAGCAAAGAAAGAAGAAGAGGAGGCUCAUGGAAAGAAGCACCAUCACCUCUUCUGAUAAUAAUUCUGUGCUUUUAGGCUUUAAUAAUGGGAAAUUUUCAUGUUUUUUAUGAAUUGUGUGUGUUAGACUAUAUGUUUGUCAGCUGUGAUCGAGCAACUACCCUACAAAUAACCUGAAGUAUUGAUCAGUGGCUUUUUCUUGUGAAUUGUGAUUGCUUUCUGUAGUUACAUGUGUGCCUGUUAGAUCAUGCCAUCUGGCUUUCUCCGUUUGUAAUAAUCACUGUUUAUAUAAUACUAUAUUAUUUUUUUUGUAU